GCAUCUCAUUAAGGCGAGUGUGUUCCUCUCGCCCUGUCAAUAAUCUCCGCUCCCAGACUACUCCGUUCCUCCGGAUUUCGAUCCCCCUUUUUCUAUCUGUCAAUCAGCGCCGCCUUUGAACUGAAAAGCUCAGUCUAACUUCAACUCACUCAAAUCCGAGCGGCACGAGCUCCUUCGGUGUCUUCGGCUUCCCCCCCCUCUGCUCUUAUAUCUGACUUGUUGUUGUUGUUUUUUUUUUAACCCCCCUUUUUUAUUUAUUAUUUUUUUGCAACAUUGAUCGGAUCCUUGGGAACGAGAGAAAAAAGAAACCCAAACUCACGCGUGCAGAAGAUCUCCCCCUUCCUCUCCCCUCCUCCCUCUUUUCCCCUCCCCAGGAGAGAAAGACCCCAAAGCAGGAAAAAAAAGUUAACCUUGGACUGGUGUUUUUCUUGCAAUAUUUUUUUUGGGGGGGCUCGCAAACUUUUUUUUUUUUUUUUUUGCUUUUCUUCCUCCUUCAUUUUUCUUCCAAAAUUGCUGCUGGUGGGUGAAAAAAAAUGCCGCAGCUGAACGGCGGUGGAGGAGAUGACCUAGGCGCUAACGACGAGCUGAUCUCCUUCAAAGACGAGGGCGAGCAGGAGGAGAAGAACUCGGAAAACUCCUCGGCGGAGAGGGAUUUAGCCGAUGUCAAGUCGUCUCUGGUCAAUGAAUCAGAGACGAAUCAAAACAGCUCCUCCGAUUCCGAGGCGGAAAGACGGCCUCCGCCUCGCUCCGAAAGUUUCCGAGACAAAUCCCGGGAAAGUUUGGAAGAAGCGGCCAAGAGGCAAGAUGGAGGGCUCUUUAAGGGGCCACCGUAUCCCGGCUACCCCUUCAUCAUGAUCCCCGACCUGACGAGCCCCUACCUCCCCAACGGAUCGCUCUCGCCCACCGCCCGAACCCUCCAAUUUCAGUCCGGCAGUGCUCAUUACUCUGCGUACAAAACGAUUGAACACCAGAUUGCAAUUCAGUAUCUUCAGAUGAAAUGGCCACUGCUCGAUGUCCAAGCAGGAAGCCUCCAGAGCAGACAAGCCCUCAAGGAUGCCCGCUCACCGUCGCCGGCACACAUCGUUUCGAACAAAGUGCCGGUGGUGCAGCACCCUCACCAUGUCCACCCACUCACGCCUCUCAUCACCUACAGCAACGAACACUUCACCCCGGGAAACCCACCCCCACACUUACCAGCUGACGUGGACCCCAAAACAGGAAUCCCACGGCCUCCGCACCCUCCAGAUAUCUCUCCAUACUACCCGUUGUCGCCCGGCACCGUAGGACAAAUCCCCCAUCCGCUAGGAUGGUUAGUACCACAGCAAGGUCAGCCCGUGUACCCAAUCACGACAGGAGGAUUCAGACACCCCUACCCCACAGCCCUGACCGUCAACGCUUCUAUGUCUAGCUUUCUGUCUUCUAGGUUCCCUCCCCACAUGGUCCCUCCCCAUCAUACUCUCCACACGACCGGCAUCCCCCAUCCGGCCAUCGUCACACCAACAGUCAAGCAGGAAUCCUCCCAGAGUGACGUCGGCUCACUCCAUAGCUCAAAACAUCAGGACUCCAAAAAGGAAGAGGAAAAGAAAAAGCCUCAUAUAAAGAAGCCCCUUAACGCAUUCAUGUUGUAUAUGAAGGAGAUGAGAGCGAAGGUGGUGGCUGAGUGCACCCUGAAGGAGAGUGCCGCCAUUAACCAGAUCCUUGGCCGCAGGUGGCAUGCCCUGUCCAGGGAAGAGCAGGCCAAGUACUAUGAGCUGGCCCGGAAGGAACGACAGCUUCACAUGCAGCUGUACCCUGGCUGGUCUGCGCGGGACAACUAUGGGAAGAAGAAGAAGAGGAAAAGGGACAAGCAGCCCGGUGAGACCAAUGAACACAGCGAAUGUUUCCUAAAUCCUUGCCUUUCACUUCCUCCGAUCACAGACCUGAGCGCUCCUAAGAAAUGCCGAGCGCGCUUUGGCCUUGAUCAACAGAGUAACUGGUGCGGCCCCUGCAGGAGAAAAAAAAAGUGCGUUCGCUACAUACAAGGUGAAGGCAGCUGCCUCAGCCCACCCUCUUCAGACGGAAGCUUACUAGAGUCGCCGCCCCCGUCCCCACAUUUGCUAGGCUCCCCUCCCCGAGACGCCAAGUCACAGACUGAGCAGACACAGCCACUCUCGCUGUCCCUGAAGCCUGACCCUCUGGCCCACCUGUCCAUGAUGCCACCGCCAUCUGCACUCCUGUUGGCUGAAGCUGCCCACGGCAAGGCCUCCACCCUCUGUCCCAAUGGGGCCCUGGACCUGCCACCUGCCGCCCUGCAGCCACCCGUGGCCCCGUCCUCGUCUCUCGCACAGCCGUCAACAUCUUCCUUACAUUCCCACAACUCUUUGGCUGGGAGCCAGCCCCAACCUCUGUCUCUGGUGACCAAGUCUUUAGAGUAGCUACACCUCGUCCACCAUCGCACCUGCUUGAUGGAAGUGUUCCCUUCCGGUUCUUGAUUUGUUCUCCCCCCCCCACCCCCUUGGAAAGCGUUUGUUAGUGCCCUUAAUUUUGUGCCACUGUGGCUACGUGAGUUGAUGUUUAUCGAGUUCAUUGGUCAAUAUUUGACCCAUCCUUAUUUCAACUUCUCCUUUUAAAUAUGUAGAUGAGAGAAACCUCAUGAUUCUACCAAAAUUUUUAUCAACAGCUGUUUAAAGUCUUUGUAGGGUUUAAAAAUAUAUAUAUAUAUACAUAACUGUUAUGUAGUUUGGAUAGCUUAGUUUAAAAAGACUGAUGAAGAAGGAAAGAAGAGAGAGAGAGAGAAGCAGUUUUGAAGCAUCCUGCAAGAAGGAGUUGGUUCUGUAUUAUUUGUAUUAAAUACGAGCUUGCGAACCAAUCACUCUACACCCUGGUUUUUCAACCAUGAGGGCACAAUGAAUGCGUGCCAUUUCUUCCUUUCUUUUUCUUUCUUUCUCUUUGUUUUUUUUUUUUUUUCCCGUGUGAAACAACUUUUAUUGUGACGUUACUUGUUAUUGUUUAAAUGUACAGAAACAGAGGGUUAAAAUGUGUUAAUAUACCUUGUUCCAUGGUGUUGUUCUUCUGGGGGGGGGAGGGGGACGCUACUCAACAAUGAAUGGAAUCAACCCUGUUGGACCAGUAGUAUUUAUUGCUUUAGAGGUUGCUUGUUGUACCUGUACGUCCGUCCCUUUUUAAAUAUGUUUUCCUUUUCUUUCAAAACUGUAUAAAGUCCCCCCUCCCCUUAGCAUAAGCAUCUUAUAUAUAACAACUCAUUUGUACAAGGUUUUUAAGUUUAUAUAUAAAAUGUGUAUAUAUUUUUUUUGUUUCCUUUUUUUUUUUUUUUUUUUUUUGACUUUUGUUUGUUUGUUUGUUUCUGUAUAAAACCCGGACACCACCAAAAGGACAUUAAUAGUUACAUUAAGGGUCAGUAGCAUUAACAAGGGUUGCUUUAAAAGCCAUUAUGUAAAACAAGACUUGAACAUUAGUGAGAGAAUCUUCGCAGCUGUCUGAGCAGCUCUGGGAACCGCCCUGUUUCCCCGACCUCCUAGUCAAUUGCCCUGUGCUCUUAGAACAUGGACUGACCGUGUGCAAAGCUUUUAUGUGCCAAAAUUCUCAGUGGCUUUAGCUUCCUCCCUCUUUUUUGAUGCUGUACUUUCUGUUCGCCAUGUUUUGCUGUGAUGUUACAUAGAUAGACUUGUGUGUAGUUUUAAUGUCACCUAUAACAAAAUGUGUUUGGUAGCAGACCGUCCAGAAAGCAUUUUAAACGAAGAGGUCUAAACCCUUAAGGGCCAAAAAUUCUGUAUAUUAGAUUACUCUUAAAUGAAAAAAGAAAAAAGAAAAAAAAAAAAAACCCAGCUGCCGCUUUUAUGUAUACAUGUUACAUACAAGUAGGCGGUGAACUUUACAAACAAGAAAACCCAGGCAUGCUGAUGUUGUAAAAUGCUGUAUAAAGCUGAGAUCUGUCCCUUCAGUGCCAUCGUAGUUGACAUGAGGCGAUUGUAAAACUGUCUCUGGUUUUCUCUGGUUUCUUAAAAUGCUAACUAUAACAUUUUUCUGUGAAUACUCUGAAUGUUUCCUAACAGUUGUGAUGUUACUGUUCUGUUUUAUGCUUAUCCCAAGUUCAUUUUGAAUGGUUUGGAAGCCAUUUUUGUAAUGAAUAAAUGUCCAUGCUGUACAGUAUCUGUAGCAUGCCGUUCUGGAUGAAUAAAGCGACGUAGUAUGUGCAGAGAAA